AUGAACGAUGCUCCCACCACUGGCUAUGAAAAGGACGUGGGGAACAAAACAACCUUCCGGGUGGUCGCCCCACUCUAGCGUAUACCGGGUCCUGCGAAGGCCACAGGAAUUCCUGAGCCGAGCUCCAAGACAGACACUUAUCUUCUGGGGGCCUCCGAUCAAGAUGCUUCAAAACAGCAAAGCUAACCUGUAUCACAUCAUCGAGAGAGCCAGCUCUGCUUUCCCCAAUGUGUCAGCCUUCGUUUUGUCUCCUCGAAAUAUGAUGAGGUUUGACGAGCUGUUUCGGGGAGAGACUGACUGGACGAGACCGGGAAAAGUCUCACUCCUGGCUGAGCACAGGCUGGUUUACAAUGGUGAUUGCGGUGGAGCUAUGUAAUAAUGUUCACGUAUAUGGAAUGGUGCCACCUAACUACUGCAGCCUUAGCAAGAGACAGCACAAGAUGCCGUACCAUUACUAUGAGCCCAGAGGUUCCGAUGAGUGUACGACUUACAUUCAGAAUGAACGUGGACGAAGAGGCAAUCACCACCGCUUCAUCACAGAGAAACUGGUGUUUGCCCGCUGGGCAUCUGUAUAUAACAUCUCUUUCUCGCACCCCGAGUGGUUCAAAGAUCCAGACAACUCAAACUAA